CAGGACAGUUCAAACGAAACACAACGGGAGCCAAACGCAAAGCCUCAACUUUGGCUGGCUCACAGACCGACGGCAUGAGGAGUUGCUUACCGACUCAAGGUGACCACCAGACUGUGGGGAUGGGGUUGUUCCCAGGAGAAACUGCGGGGCCUGGGCUAGAAUGACCAUCCCCACACCUCUCUUCCCUUCCCCCACCCCAACCCCCACUAGGUCGUUCACACACGUGGCUUGGAAACUGUCAGUGUCACAGCCGGGGGCCUUCGUCCCGCUUCAUCGCCGCAAGCCUGAACCCGGGACGUGCCGAGCGGCCACUGGCGGUCACAAGGCGAACGCGGCACCGAAAAUACUCCCGCCGGCACAUUCGCCAUUUGAUUCACCUCGGGCAACCCCGCUUCCUGUUCGGCGGACGACCCCCCCACCCCACACUUAAUCCGGAAUUUCACUCCGCAAGCGAGGCCCUGGAUUUACUCGACGCUCUCGUCGGAACCUGGCACGCAUGAUACAUUAUAAACAGUAAUGGAAUAGAAAAAUGUGAUUUUUCUUGAAAAUGAAACCUCGGAUCAAAACUAUAGACAAGUUAGUGCCCAACCGAUUAACAGUACAUGGAAAAUCUGGAAGAAUUAAAGGAACGCUGAAGACAUCACAACGAGCAGCUAAUAAAGUGGCAGAUAUCAAAUUAAAGCCGUUUACAGGGAAAGUGUUUUACCUUGAUUUGCCUUCAAAUAAAAAUACUCAAAAUUUAGAGAGGGAUCUACAGGAUCUGGGAGGGACAAUUGAAAAAUUUCUCAGCAAAGAUAUUAAUUACAUUAUUUCUAGUCGAAAUGAGGCCAAGUUUGUCCAGGCUGCUGGGAAAAACUCUCCCAUACCAAGCCCAGACUCUGUUCAAAACACUGGGAACACAUCUCCCCAUCUGAGCAGUCGGAAAGAAAGCCAUGAAGGAAGCCCGCAUCGAACUUUUGAAAUGAUAAGCAGAGGAAAAAGUUUUGUCAAGAAGGUUAUCCAGGAACAGGAAUUUGUUCCUGGAAACAACAUCCUCUCGAAUGCUCUCGCUUGGGGAGUGCGAAUACUAUAUGUAGAUGAUGUGAAAACUUACAUUUCAAGAAAGAAGGAGUCGUUUGUAACCACAAACUCUGUUGCGACAAUCAAUGGGGCCAAGUCUAAUCGAACUACCCAAUCUAAUAGUCAUAGAACAAAAGCAGGAAAAUUGAGGAAACCUUUUAUCAAAGUCGAAGCAAUGAACCGCCAUUACAGACCAUUGUAUGUACAAUUAGAUUACUACCCAGAGAUCAACUACCUUGGUUCAAACCCCUGGAGUCCUUUUGAUAUGGACAAGAAAAGCAAGACCAAUGAUAAGCAGAAUAAAGGGAAGGCUAGCAGAAGUAAAUGCCACAGAAUAGCAUGCAGUGAAAAGAAUGGCAAAAUGGACACAAAAAUCACAGAAACUUUGAAAGAGAAGAAAAAGAAGGGUUACUGUGAAUGCUGCAUGAUGAAGUAUGAAGAUUUAAAAAUUCAUCUGAAAAGUGAACAUCAUAGGAAAUUUGCGGAGAGCACAGAAUUUAAUGUAGUGGAUAAAAUAAUUUCUCAGUUUGAUUGUGAUUUUAUAGAACUCCAGAGGGACAAGCUGAAAAGGUCAAAGUGCAGUAUUGGUGUGUACACCAAUGAUUUCACCAAGAUAAGUAUUGCGGGAACAUGUGAAGAAUUUCGAAGACCAUAUAAGGAACACGUGGAAGGAAAUAAAUCUUCAAUAAUGUGCACCAGAAAGGAUAAUGAAUAUGUCAGUGGAUGGGAAACUAAACCAAGUACUUUGUCUUUCCAAGGAAAAGAAAUUAUUUCUUCAGGUAUCCUGAAUUCACCUAGCCAGAUAUUGCCUUUGUCUACACCAAGUCAUGUUAGCAUUUCUGAAAUGCUGCUUCUGUCCACUUCUGUUAACAACAAGUUCAUUGGGGAAGGAACAUCUGCAGUUAAUUUUGAAAAUCAGAAGAAAGAAACAACUUGGCGUAGUUUAUCUUUGUGCCAAGACAAUGAAGGUGGUUCCAUAAUUUCAAAGGUCGAUAUGUCAGAACAUUUGCAUCAGCUUGGAAAGUUAUCAGUUGAUAAGUCUCCAUCUGUCACUGAAGAAUCAUCAUGUAAGCACCUAUUUGAUCAGAAUGUGUGUGAGAUUAGAUCACAACUAAAUUCCGCUGUGUGUUCUGACAGUGAUGAAAACAAAACAAGGCUACACAUGUCAUCCAAAAAUAAUUUGCAAAAUAAGCGCAAAGAACUGGAAAGCCCAAUCCUAAAUGUUCCCAAACAUUCUAGGGUAAAUGAUGAUGAUGCACAUGAUACUACAGCAGCUCUUGUUGAAUGUUCUUGCAGCCCUCUGCAGACAAAAUUGGCUUUUGAUAAGGGAGGAAAUGAAGAAUUGGUACAUGAAAAAAUAGCACCUUCGUUUAAUAUAGCUGCACAUCAGAAAACUGAACUGGGUUCAAUUUCUCAAACUAUAUUUUCUUCACCCUGUACAAAACUGCAUCGAAAAGUGAGAUUUUCAGCUAUUUCUGGAAGAAAUAAGAAGAAGGCUCAAGAUCAUAAAAUAGAAAUAAGUUCACUUGCAAAGGAGAGAUGCUUAAUUGAGGAAGGUGAAGCUUCCAGCUUGCCAUUGAAAAAUUUACUGGAGUUAUUUCAAACUAGUGAAAGCAGUGGUUCAGAGUUUUCGGGCUUUACAGAUCAUUCGUCACAGAGCGUGUCAGGGAUGUGGGGUAACCAUCAGCCAGAGAACAUCCUUUCACUAUUUGCCCAAUCAUCAUCGUUGUCAUCUUUUCUUGGUUUCUAGUGCAAUGCUUAUUUGUUUAACGAGUGACAUGAAGGAACUACAAUUUUAUUCAUGUUCUACUUUUACCAUGGGUCUACUCUGGUUAUAUAUUGGUUUUUCAAUUUGAUGACUUUAAUGUGUCUAUUAGGACUGAAAAUGAAAAAUAAAUGCUAUCUACCUACCAACCACUUGAAGAACAAUGAGCCCAUUUUAACAUUUUUUCAUUAUUCUAUAUAACCAUUUUGUUUUUAACCAAUAACAUGAUCAAUUUGACCUAAAAUUUUGUCCUAGAUACCCAACUUUGUCAGUAAAAUUCAAAAAUUAUUUAAUUUUUUAUUUGUUCAUGGGAUGUGGGCAGCACUGUCAUUUGUUACUCAUUCUUGAUUGCCUUAUAAAGGUGAUGGUGAAAUGCUGCUUCUGCCUUGCAUUACACACAAUUGCAAGGUUUUUUUAAUAAAAGUGUAUAGCUAUUGCUGAAUUAAUUUAAAUUCUUAUCAAUACAAAACUUUUAAAUGCACCUAUCGUUACAGUUGUUCUUGGUGUAAAAACACAACCUCAAAACGUGGAAUCAGCAAUUAAUACAAAACUACAGAGAAAUAAAGUGACUGAAGUUAUAGGCAGUCCCUGGGUUACAAAUGGUAGUAUGUUUAUAGGCCAAUUUGUGCACAAAUCAAAAUGCAUUCAGGGCAGUAUAAUACAUCCGUUCAUAAGCACAGCCAAAUGUUCACAUGUUGAUCCUAAAUAUUAAAAAUUAAUAUGGGACCAUCUUCAUAAGAAUGAGCGUUCUGAAAUCAGGAACCGCCUGUUAGCGUUUUCUUUCGUGACUUGGAUCUGGAUCUGAUGGAACGUCUGGGAUCUGUGACUGAUGAAAACCUUCUCAACUAUAUAGAGCUAGUUUGGUUAAUAGCCAAAUUCAGGCUCUGCCUGUGAAACGGCAAUGCAAAGUUUGGCAAUCUUACUUUGAUGAAAAGCGUAAGAGAUAGGGAUUUCAAAUGUCACAUUUAUAUUGUAUGGAGCUCUUCUUUAAGAGAGAAUUGAGUGACGCUCAGUUCUGAAGAAGGGUGAUUGGACCUGAAACGUUAACUCUGAUUUCUCUUCACCGAUGCUGCCAGACCGGCUGAAAUUUUCCAGAAAUUUCUGUUUUAUUUGGAAUUGAGUGACAUUUGUUACAAUUGGAUACCACUUAGUCUGAAUGUAGCCUCUUACCUCAGAAUAUUGAUGGUAAACUGGAUCCUUAAAAAUGCACAAUGAUCCAUUUCACAAAGCUAAUAUCCAUGAUGUGUGAUUAUUUAAACUUAGUAAAGGUGGAACUGCUAUUUAAUCCCUUUGAAAGAGAUGGCUUCCGCAGAAGUGCAUGAAAAAUAACAAUUUUCAUUUGGAGGUGCCGGUAUUGGACUGGGGUGUUCAAAAUUAAAAAUCAUACAACACCAGGUUAUAGUCCAGCAGGUUUAUUUGGUUGACAACCACCUGAUGAAGGAACAGCGCUCUGAAAGGUAGUGCUUCCAAAUAAACCUGUUGGACUACAACCUGGUGUUAUGUGAUUUUUAAGUUUUUCAAUUUUUGUUUGUAUACCCUCUUUUAACAUGGUAAAUAUAGCAAGAUGCUUUACAGGAGGAAUUAUUAGAAAACAUUUGAAGUCAAAUCUCAGAAAGAAGUUUUCGUAUUGAUGGCCAGGGAAUCAUGGAGAAGGAUUUAAAGGGACUUCUUAGUGAGGUGACAGAUGGACAGUUUUAGGGAAGAAAUUUCAGAACUUGGAGCCUAGAUGGCACUGGGCUAUAGAGGCUAGAAUAUUUCUUUUGAGCUACCAAAUCUUAAUCAGAUUAUUAAUUUGAGCUCUAUUUUUGGGAGGAGAACGAAAUCUAGCUCAAGUCCCUUUUGGUUGUUUAUUAGAAAACUGAUUAUUUAGUUCUCUCCAGUUCAAUGUGAAAAUAUAAUAAUGGGGGAACUCACUAAGUUACCAGAGCUCAAGAAACUAUCCCAUCAAAGGUGAACUGAGAAACUGAGCAAAAAGAUCUAAAGACAACAGGGGUAUGGUGGUUGUACGCUGAGAGUAAUUUUUAUGCUCUAACCUCUGCCAUUAAGUGUAUUUGUUUAAAUAAACUGCACUCUAUGCUUUGUGGCUAUCCAGGUUUUAAGUCUACUUCACUAUAUCUGAGUGAAUUGCAUUGUGCCCUUCAAUUUUAUGAUCCAAAUAAUAAAUUCUUAAGAUUGCUAUAAAAACAUCCAAGUACCAAAAAUCAAACUGUUGCUUCAACCAGAAUAAAACAUAAUUUGGCA